AUGUUAUUUCAUUCACUUAAAAUUAAAUCUAUCAAUGGUUUAACAUAUUUUUCCAAUAAAUUUUCAAAAUUAAAACCAAAAUUUUUAAUUAAUGAUCAACAGGAUGCUCAUGAAUUUCUUUCAUAUAUUUUAGAAGCUUUAGAUGAUUGUAAAGAAUUUUUAAAUCAAACAAAAGAACAAUUGUUAGUUGAAUCAACAUUUAAUGGAUCUAUUACAAAAAAUAUAAUAUGUCAACAUUGUAAAAAAUGUAAAAAAAGUAAAGAAAAAUUUAAUAUUUUAACAAUUCCUGUUGAUAUUAAUAGUGAUAUUAAAAGUAGUAAAUAUGGUGCAUGGAGUUUAGCACGUUGGUCUAAACUUGAAAUUUUAGAUGGUGAAAACAAAUAUCAAUGUGAUAGUUGUAAGUCAAAACAAAUUGCAUUAAUGUUUCCAUGGAUAGAAAGUAAACCAAAUAUACUUAUAUUACAUAUAUGUAGAUUUAAUGUAUUGGAUAAAACAAAUUUAUCUAGUAUAUAUAAUUAUAAUAUAGCUGAAAAAAUUAAAGGAACAUUUCCAGUACCAUUUUUUUUACCAUUAAUACAUCAUUAUUUUCAUGGAGAGUAUAGAAAUGAAAUGUACCAUAAAAAUAUUAUGGAACAAUAUGAAUCACCAGAAAAUAUAAAAAAACAAUAUAGUACAAAAGAAUUUUUAAAGAAAACUUUUGUUGGAUAUUAUCUUAAUGCUAUGAUAAUUCAUAUAGGACAUAAUUUAAAUUGUGGACAUUAUGUUACUGCAACAUGUUCACAAAAUAAUCCAUUAAAAUGGAAUAUUUAUGAUGAUGAAAAUGUUAUAAAAAUGAAUAUUUUUGAAAUAUUUGAAAAAAAAAAUUAUUCACCUUACAUAAUAUUUUAUGAAAAAAAUUUUUCCAAAAGUUAA